CCUACCGAGCGAUCGUGUCGCGGAAUGCACUCGUCCGUCAACUUGAGCAGGGCAUGUUCAGUCGAUCAGAACAAGCUCUCUCAAACGGUAGGGUCGAAGUGUUCGGUGUUACACCGAUCGAAUAUAAAGAAAUGCGCGCCUUAUUGAUGUUGGUUGCAUUAGCGUUAUUAUUCGGCGGUCAGUUAGUGCUUUGUGCAAGAAAUUGCCAAUCAUUGCAAUACUCUUUGGACGAUAUUCACGAUUUACUGGAUGCGGAAUCGAAACAACAUAAUUAUGAUAUGUACAGAUAUGGUGGAGAAUCUUACGUGUCCAGAACCCGUUACAUUUUGGAAAAAUUGAACGCAGAUAUCAGGAAAACUCAACAAAGUAAUGCCCACAACGGGUACUAUAAUCCAAACAAAUAUUAUAACAGCGCACAACCAGCGAGUGGUUGCAAAAAACUUGAGGAUGAAAUCUUGGCAAAAAGCAAAGAGUUCGGGAUUCAAAAAAUCGGAUUGGAAGAUAACUUGACGCGUCUAAGAAAAGUGUUGCAAUAUCAGGAUGAUAAAAAUAGUUUCUACUUAAGGGAAAAUGAAGAGUGUAAAAAACGAGAGCAAGACUGCGAGGAAGACAAAACCGAACUGGGAAUCAAACUGAAUAGUUCGGAAUCAAAUCAUGCCCAGAUGGAGAAGAAAAUCAAGAAGCUGAACGACACAAUCAACAAAUUGGAAGUCGAAAAAAAGAUACUACAAACCAAACUUAAUGCCAAUGCACCGGCCAUCCACGGAGAAACCGGUAUAGAAUACCCCAAUAUACAACCGGGGAUUAGCAAAACAACAUCCACUACAACCACCGAAAGUAUCGCUACAGUUGAAGAUACAACGACUGUUACCAGCACCGAAGAUGACAAUAGAUUGAAUCAAGCUACUGAUAUCCCAGACAUAGAUUUGAGAAACAGUGCCAGCGACGCAAAUGUGCAGCAAUAGAACUGAACCUAGUGAUAUAGAGUGUUCGAUAAACUAAGUUUAACGCAAAAAUUGUAAUAAAAUUCAUUUCAUUUAUUACAAAUCCGA